AAUCAGCUCUGUCUGAGAGCCCGUCAAUCCUUUCAAAGCAUGACAGUGGUGGAGAGAUCAAGGGAGGGGAAGGGAGAGGCCAUGCAUAGGGUUGGUGCUUUGAGAGAAUGGUUAAAAAGGAGAAUGGGGGGCUAUUUCCUUACCUUUGUGAGAGGAAGAAAAAAAAAGAAACUUCAGCACUGGAACAAAACUGCACAUUUACAAAAAAAGAAAAAAAAAAGAAGAAGAAGCAGAAAUGGUGCAUUUUCCAUUUUCUCCACACUGAAUAGCAAAUGUGCAUUGAUUGCAUUGGCAGAAGCUGGAUGUUGCUGCAUUCUCCAGCGGGGAAUGGGCAGUCGGUGCAGACGGACCCCAGUAAGUCUGGAUUCGUGGGUGACACGGUCGAACUGCGAUGUGUCUUCAUCAACGGUAAGCCACCAGUGAAGAUCUCUCAGGUCACCUGGCAAAAGCUGAUAAAUGGCACCAAACAAAACGUCGCCACCGCUAACCCAGACUUGGGAGUAUCAGUGCUGCCCCCUUUCAAAGACCGUGUGAGCUUCAAGCAUCCUGCUGUGCGCCAGAGGUCCCCUUCUACUCUUGAGGAUACCACCAUUGUGUUCAGCAACCUACGGCUAUCUGAUGAGGCGGCCUACAUCUGCGAGUACACCACCUUCCCAGCAGGCAACAGGGAGAAUAUGGUCAACCUCACCGUCUUUGCACGGCCAGUGACCAAGAUGACCUUGACUUCACCCACCAUUGUGGCAAGGAUGCCGAAACGCAAGAUGCCUGUGGCCACCUGCAUGUCGGCUAACGGCAAACCUCCCAGCAUCAUCAAAUGGGACACCACUCUGAAGGGUGAAGCCACGUUUCAGGAAACGCGCAAUCCAAAUGGCACCGUGACCGUGCGCAGCAACUACAUCGUGUUGCCCAGCCGCGAGACCCACCGUCAAAAGCUGACCUGCAUCGUCACCUACCGUACAGACCGCUUUACUGACAGCGUCAUACUCAAUGUUCAGUAUGAGCCAGAGGUAAAAAUCGAGGGAUUUGAUGGGAACUGGUACCUGAAUCGUCAAGAUGUAAAGCUGACGUGCAAUGCAGACGCCAACCCAGCCGUCACCGUCUACCAGUGGAAACUGUUGAAUGGAUCACUUCCCAACAACAUUGAAAUCAAGAACAACACCCUGUUCUUCAAAGGCCCGGUGACCUAUGAGUUCGGCGGGACAUACGUCUGCGACGCCACCAAUAGCAUUGGCACACGCUCUGGACUUGUAGAGGUCAACGUGACGGAGAAUCCAUCUUACCCAAUGUUGAAUGGAUCACUUCCCAACAACAUUGAAAUCAAGAACAACACCCUGUUCUUCAAAGGCCCGGUGACCUAUGAGUUCGGCGGGACAUACGUCUGCGACGCCACCAAUAGCAUUGGCACACGCUCUGGACUUGUAGAGGUCAACGUGACGGAAAAGCCGAUGCCACAGGGACCUCCUGGCGGUAUUGUUGGUAUCUUGGGAGUUGUGGUGGUGGCCGGUCUGAUUGUAGGAGUAGUGGCCACAAUAUGUAUGGUGUACAGGAGAGGACAGAAGCCCCGUACAGAAACAGACAACGACCUCAUUGCAGUGGCUGAUAGCUGUGUGACAAAGCCAGAGGCCCCUGGGACUGAGGCCCCAGAGAAGCCUGAAUCCACCACCAGGACUGACCUCCCCCCUGCUCAUAAGCCGGCCCCUCCGCCACCCAAGAAAAAGAGCAGCGACAUGAAAGGCGGCCUGACGUCUGACGAGAUCCAGGUUGUUCAUCUGGACAGGGAGGAUGAGAUACAGAAGAUUCCUCUCCAGCCUCCAUACUAUGACAUGGCACAGUCUGAGUCCACCGCGUUCACCGAUAAGCCGAAUUCUGGUCACAAGGACUGUGAUGUCCAGUAUGCGGAAUUGGAUACUGCAGCUUUGGCUUCCUCUCCCAGCCCACGAAGCUCUGUGCACACUGAUGGGGACCUUGUCGAAACUCUGGGAACGAAGAGCUACUGAACCCAGCUGACUAUGUGAGCUGCCAUCACCCAGGCAACCAGGAACAAUUUGUUGAACCUCCACUUCCUUCUGCCUACCCC